GAUUUCAAAAACAUUUCGAACUGUUGGGGUCGAGAAAAAACACCUUAUGUUAACGUGAUACGUGAGCCGUCAGACGCUUGUGUUUACAUCGAAUUCUACCGAUGGAUUUACCAUUCUAUGUCGGUCAUUGUCAUUUUCCAUUAACUAAACAAAGAUACCCAUAUAUAUUUGUUACUAUCAUUACUACACUAUAAGUGUUUUUUCUCGAGCCCAGCGGUUCGAAAUAAUUUUGAAAUCUGUUUUGAACCCGUUUGAAAAUAACGUUAUUACUUUCAUUCGAGAAAAAAUGAUUUUUUCAAACCAGAAGAAUUUAACCAUACACAACCUAGAAUUUUUGUUUGUUUUUUUUUCUUCUAGUUAUUAGCCGCCUAUUUUCUAUUUUUCAACAAAUGUAAGAGUGUUCUGUUUAUGAUUCUAUAACCCCCUACAAAAGACACAACACAAAUAUAAAUAUAAAUAACAAACUGUCGACUUUCCUAAACUACUGCGCAUGCGUUUGUUUUUGAGAGCAACGAAGUAGUCUUUUGGAGGAGAAACUAUUUAAGAAAAAUCAAUACAGUGACGCAGAUUAGGUAUAUGGAUGCAACCGAGAAUGAACAAUAUUUUGCAAGAUUUUAGUCAGAUUAUUGAAUAAAUUAAUAAAUAAAAAUAGCAAAUUUAAACUAAAAAUCACGUGACUCAAAACGCCGUCUCAUUGGCUUAAACCGAUAUUCAUGCCCUUGUUGCCACAUUCAAAAAUGCGAAAUUUAAAUGAGUUCAACGAUUAUACCUUUCCUUUAUUUUUUUAUAACGUAGUAAAGGACGAAAAUAGUUUCUAGGUAGCCAGCUGUAUAAUAUAAUAAUUCACUAAUGAGAAACUCGGCAUCCUCGCAUUUUCGGGAAAGUCACCUUCCUAUCCCGUUUCUUCGCAGCAGUUUACAAAUUCAAUUUUCAAAUCAUUUUAUAUUCAAAAAUAACCGCUUUUUUCUGGAAAAAAGGUAUAGGAUGAUGUUAUUAGAAUGACAAACAGAAUAAUUUAAAAAUGUUUUUGAAAAAUGUGAAAUGGGCCUAUUGUGUCUUUGGAAAUAGUUCUAUGUUCCGGGUUCACUCAUAGUUUCAUCAUCCCAUCUAUCCACAUGCUCAAUAUAUCUUUAUGUGUGUCAAAUAAAUUUGCUCUUAGUCAAAACACUCGUAGUAAUUGUUGCAAGAAUCAAUCCAGUUGCAGAAGGCCUGGCAUUUUUUUGUUCUCUGUAAAGAUUGUAAACUUAUUCACAGUAAGUCUGGAGAGAGAUGCGUUUAUUUUUGAAUAACGAUAUGACCCAACUUUGUGUACGGAAAUUGAAAAAAUUAUAAUCAAUAUGAGCUCGAAAUAUAUUUACUUUCUGGUCCCUCCAAAUAUGUUUUUUUUUCCUGUCGUUUUCCUAAAGCCUUGUACCAAAAUUCAACAUAGUGGAUCAAUUUUGGGCAUGUUCCCUAUGCCCCACGGUACAGGUUCGGGGAAUUUUAGUAGUUAUGUUAAUUAGGACCAUGAAGCGAUUGCUGCUGGUCACAGCAUUAUGGAAAUUUCUCCCAAUGUUAUAAUGUGUCGUACUUAUCAUAAUUGUUAUUAAUUACUCUAAUAUCAUUAUUAGUAUAUUAUUUUUACCUGUUCAUACGAGUAGUGUCAAGAGACUUUAUGCCAUAAUAAUUAAUUUAAGACAGUUAAUAGUAAAGAUAAUUUCUUAAAAGAUAUAUGAAAACAUAAUAAUAUUACACCCAACUUCCCCAUAAAUGCUCUCGCCUAGAUAUGUAGGAAUAUGAAAUUUUUAAAAAAUCCCAAAAAAUCAUUCAACUAAUUUUUUGAAUUAGUUAAUUGUCUUGCAAAAUUAUCUAUGAAUGUUGAAAGAUUGACUUUUUUCAUCAUCAUUUGAAUAGUUAUUGGCGUUUCCAAUUGGUCCUGCUCCAAUUCUCGUUCCAAGUAACUUACUCUUAACUUGGAGAAGAUUGGACAUCUUAAAGUAUUUUGUAAGUGGUGGUUAGUUAUUUUUAUGUUUUACAAUGUAAACAUUUUGUGGCAUCUCUACUGAAUUUUAGUGGUCUACAGGUAGCUUGAAAACUAUGCAAGUGUAAAAACGAUGGCCUCGCCAAGCAGUACCUUUGAUAGCAGUACUAGUAUAAAUUAAAUGUGCAAAAAAAAACUAUACCAAAAAACUGAACCCUCGCUCGACAAUUCAGUUCAGUCGUCCUAAACUCUUCUUAACAUAAACACGUGAACUAAAUAUUUUUAAAAAAUCAAAAUUUUAUUUUAAAAUUUAGGGCGACCAAACUAAAAAAUAUAUACGUACUAAUUUUCAAAAAGUUUUAUUCAUUUACUUAUUUGUAAUUGUUAAAAAUGGCGGAGUGUUUACCGUUUAUAAGAUCGCCGGAAAUGACAAGGAAUUCGGACACAAUGUCCGAAAUUUCGGAUAGCGGUACCAUCACAACUUCCAAGUGGGGCUCCAGGGAGGAGGUGAGGGACCUAGUUACCAAACUGGGAUUGAACGACCCUUCUGAGCUUCAUCGGGAACGGUUUAGAAUAGACCGAUGCAAAUUGGAGAAAAUGUUGUCCGGAGUUAACGAGGCUAUUUUUCCUGCUGAUGUAUUUUUUGCUAAAUUAAUGGAUGAAACGGACACCAUUAUCACAUGGCCGAAUAGAUUGAGAGUUGGGGGCAAAUCCAGAAGAGACCCACAUGUAGGGAUCGCUGGUAUGCCAGAAGACGUGCAAAGGGCAAGAGAAAGAAUAUUGGGAGUAUUAAAUUCCACAAGCCACCGUAUAACAAUGAAAAUGGACGUCAGCUACACUGAUCACUCCCACAUCAUUGGCAAAGGUGGCCUCAGCAUUAAGCGCGUCAUGGAUGAGACUAAGUGCCAUGUGCACUUUCCUGACUCGAACCGCUCAAAUCCAAACGAGAAAAGCAACCAAGUAUCUAUAUCCGGAGACAUAGAGGGCGUAGAACUAGCCAGAUCUCGCGUGAGAGAACUCGUACCAUUGAUUUUCGGAUUUGAACUGCCAAUCAAGUCUCAAACCGUUGAUCUAAACUCGCCCUAUAUGGUUAAAGUUCGGGAGCAAUACAAGGUUCAAGUGAUGUUCAAAACUAGAAACGGCAAAUUACAUUCAACUUUGGUAUUGGUCAAAGGACAAGAUUGGGAUGUUCGGCAAGUGAAACAGGCUACCUUGAUACUGAGGCAGUACUUGUGCGAAGAUUUGGCUGAACAGACACCCUUUCAAAUGUCAAUGGAAAUCUCUGCUCAUCAUCAUCAAUUUGUUUUGGGCAAGAAUCACUCAUAUUUAAAAGAAAUCAUUAUGUACACUGGCUGCCAGAUUAUGUUCCCGGAUGCUCAGGAUCCAAAUAUACCAAGUUUGAAGAAAAGUAACGUGACUAUUACUGGGGAUAUUCAUAAUGUUUAUAAGGCCAGGCAGCUACUUAUGGGUAGUCUACCUUUGAUGGUGGUUUUUGAUUUACCUGAGGAGACUAGCGGAUUAAAAGUUAGGCCAGAAGAAAUUGCUGAAAUCCAAACAUCUUGUGAUGUGAAUAUCAACUUUAGACAAAGAGCAAAUAAACCUACUAAAGCUUGCGUUAUCAAAGGCGUUGAAAAAUGUACAAGUGACAUCUACAAAGCGAGAAAUCUGAUUCUUGGUCUAGAUGAACCUCCAAUUUAUGCUGAUAUACCCAGUUCCUAUUACAUUCCAGCACCUUCAUCUCCAGCAAAAGAUGUUCCAACAACAAUCCCGAACAUGGGCUUUCCUGUAUCGCCUCUAUUAUUAUCUUCUAAUUAUCUUUCCCCAUUUAUUUUCUCCACUCCGCCUUCACCUCAACAGCAUUCAACUGAGUGCCAUACCAAUAAUAACAAUAACAGCUGGACAUCUCUUGUUAAUCAACAGCAACAACAGUUUUUCCCGCCUGAUAUGAAUGUCAAUCAACUUCAUCAAUUCUCUACAAAUAGCAGUGGUUACCACUCAAUCGAUCCAACCAAAUUGGAUAAAACUUUCACGGCUGAUUUUUUAAAUGUAAGCGGCAACUCUGGCCAUUCGUCAUCGUUCUCGACGAUACUCAGUACGAGUACUAGCCCAAGGGACUUGUCGCCCAGUGGCCAUGGAAGUUAUUCGGACAAUUAUGGACAAAAUCAACAAUCAAGGGAGUUUUCUGCUGUUCUAAAAGAAAUGAAUAACCCGGGAGAAUUCCAUGGGCCAACAUUGUAUAGACCAAUGCCGGAAUCAUCUCCGUAUGACUAUGAAAAUAAAAGAUUAUCUGCAAUGAGAGCUAUGCGUGCCAAACCAAAUCCAGAUAAUAUCAGGGUUCCCCAUAAUUCAUGGUCUGGAUAUGGAAUGAGUCAUACAAGCCCUGGAGGCUUUCUGACUGAUAAGUUUAAAAACGACAAUCAAAUAGGAAAGUGGACGUAUCAAUCACCAAGACCGAAUAUGCAGACUGAAGUCAAGCAAUCUUGUACUCCAACCAUGAUGAACACCAGCAAUUUAUUGGACCAUACACCUAGUCAGAUUUGGAAUAGAAUUAAAAACACUAGUAAUUGGUGUGAGGACUUACCUACCUUAUUGACCACGAUGAAUUUAGAACACUACAUGGCUUUGUUCGAGAGUCACGAAAUCGAUAUGGCUGUCUUUUCAACAUUGGGCGAACAAGAUUUGAUCAAUCUUGGAAUUAAUGCCUUUGGGGCUAGACGAAAGAUGUUGCUGGCAAUUUCUGCAUUUAACAAAAAAAAUACCCCCUUCUCUGCCGCUCCCGGUGCUGAAAGAAGAAACUCGCCUCUAAACGAUGAAUAGUCUCGGAAAGUAAAAAAAAAUACAUUGAAAAAAAUAAAAAUGUACAUGUAUUUUGGUAUGCAUUUAAAUAUUUUCUAUUAUUCUUUAAUUUUUGUUUGUUAUUUAUCUACGAUUUGUAUGAUUGUAUGAACGGUGUGCGUCUGUAUUUAUUUAAAUUAUUAUUGAGUAUUACCUUAUUUCUAUUGAGAUUUUCUAGUUUUGUAUAUUUUUGAAUAUUUAGUUAUCCAAUAUUUUUCAAUUGUCCUAAACAUUUUCAUUAAACUUAAAGAAAAACAUGCAUUCUGCUAAUGUUUUUCUUUAUUGUUUGGUAGGUACUGGAAUGGCAGUGGAUCUAUUGGAUUUUUAAUCUGUUUGUUGAUUGUUUUGUAUAUUGAAAAGUGCGUAUAUUUUUACGAUAAAAUACAAAUUAAUGUGAUAUUUUAUGUGAUAAAAUUUAUAUCGUAAGUGCGCGAAUGAUCGAUUUUCUAAGCAAAAGUUUUAAUUUAUUCCUCGACGAAAUUUGUUAACAUUGCUAUUGAUAUUUAUUGAAUUAAAAUUAAUUAUUGUUUUAAAAAUUAAAACUUUUGUAUUUUUCGAAGUCUUUAAUUAUUUAUUUAUUUAUUACUGUUAACCUAGACUUUAUAAUGAUACCUACCUACUUACAAUUAUUUAUAUUUCUUUAAAAAUAUAUUACAUAUUAUUGAUUUUGCAUAAAAUAUUUUUUUUUUUUCAAUUACUUAGUGACUUUUAACCUCGCUUUUAACAUUGAAAACCUACGAGUAUGCGUACCUACAUAGUAUAUGUGUAGUACCAUUGGUAGUACAUACAUACGUAUUCAGUUUUUU